UGAGCAAGUUAGCUGCGCUGUCCAAGCGGCGCCGCAGACGUAACAAACAGAGCGGGGAUCAUCUCACUCGCACGGCAUUGAUCAGGCAACAGCGCCACCAGAAAAUCAGGGCUGAGCGAGGCCCCAAAGAGGAGCUGUAACAAGCCACAGCCACAGCCAAAAAUGGCCAGGCCGUACCUAGACCGCACGCCAGAAGGCGCCCUCUACCAGAUCUUCUCCCACGUCGAAGCCGAAGACCUGGCUAGAUUAUCCUGCGCGUCCUCGAAGCUCCGAAUCGGCAGUGAAAACUUCGCCCAAUUACAAGUCAAACAAAGAGAGUGGCGGUUACUCGACGGCGCCACGGCGACGGAACGACUAGCCAGUGAAAUAGUUUACUUCGACGCUGAUGCCUUUCGCGCGGUAGGAAGAGAUGCCCCCAGAUUGAGAUCCGCGAGGAGACAAGGCUCGCGAGCAAGAUUACGAGUAGCGCCACCACCAGGCUCGACAAGGGCAACACGCUCAAAUAACGUGCCCGUCGCCGCGUUCUCGGAGCAUGGUUCUCUCAUGAAGGUCCAGCGGCCGGGGCGAUAUCGAGUGAGCGGCGUCGUCGAGCCGGCUCUGAAAAGGCGUAGACUGAACCCCGAGGACGAGGCGAGGCGAGAACGACUGGCGUUCCAAGUGAAGGUGGCCGCCGUCGAUCCCCGUAGUAGCAUCUACGUCGGAGUCGCGACGAAACGAUGGGCCCGAACGCGGGGCGCGGCCCAGGCUAUUCGCUCGGAAGAGUGCUGGUUGCUGGAUUUACGAAGAGGGCGCUUCGUGCACUCGUUUCCGGCCUAUGAUCAGGCCGCGCGUGCGGCGCAUGGGGCGCGAGCGAGGUACCACGCGACCUCUGAUGAUACGGUCGUCGAAGGAGACGUGCUAGGUGUGCGCGUGAUCGACGGCGCGGCGCACUUCUUCCGGAAUGGCCGACGAUUAGCUUUUAGUGCGGGAGGUCGGGGCAGCAAUCAACUCCAAGACGCGGGCUGGGGCCGGCCGAUACCGCUCUCGCAAGAUUUAGUGCCCAUCGUCGAGGUCCAUGCGAGAGAACCGGACGACGACGACGAGGCCAUGGCUCCGUUGGCAUUGCAACUAGGCGCGUGGCGGCCGCCUCCUUAUUAUCAUGGGCAAUCCCUCCAAGCGCGACGUAUUAUAGAAGACGAUCCUGUUCGCCGUUUCGAGACGGGAGAGUUCGCCGACGUCUGGCCCUCCAUCACGAAUGACCCUGCAUUGAGGGACAUCACGCAACCGCUACAAAACGACCAGCUGACGUUUCGGUCCUUGCGGAUUGUCAUUUGUUCGGUGCUACCUCUGUUGCCUCUGAUAGCUGGGUUGUCUCAUACGUUGUUGGACGUAGGCGGCUUCGGCAUCGGCGUCGCUUGUAGACAAUGGCGGCCGACGCCGGUCCUGUGGUUGCUAGGAUUGCUAUUUAGGCGGGCCGCGGAUUCGAUAGCGCUGUCGUUGGCUGUUUCUGCGGUCUGGAAGUGCCAUUUUUACGAUCGGAGACGACCUAGGAGGACUAGAAGAGGCUUGCGCAAAUUGCUGCAGAUGCAUCUGUUGAAAUGUUUUGGGGUGGCUCUGUGUGUCGCCUUGUUGCCGUCGUCGCUAGCCCUCUCCAGAAGUGCGAACGCAUUGACUUCUUACAGGGACGGCGUCGUGCUCGAGUACGGCCCGAUGAAAUGGAUCUUGAAAGGGGGCUGGCGCGGCGCCUUCGAGACGUGCGAGAAGUGGGUCGUCGUGGAAGCAGCAGCGGAGGGCGUCUUCCAGCUCUGGCGGGUCUUGAGGCAGUCGAAGCUCGCCGCUUGUUUAUGCUCAUUCCCGGGCGGCGAAAGCGCCAGGGCGCGCCGCGCAUCAGCAAGGGCCGUGGCCAAGCUCUACGCGAUGAUGGUCCUCGUGCCCGGGAGUGCCGCACCUUUAUUAUACGCGGCCGCCGAGCACCUCGCCGGCGGCUCGAGACCCCAUUGGCUCGUGGCCGUCGUCGCGUACCCCGUGCUCGGGGCCUGGGCGGCGUUCACGGCCUUCGUCAAGUUCGCGUUCGUCGUCUUCGCGCUCAAUACGCUGGCGGGCUUCGAGGACUUCGACUCGCCGGGCUGGCUCCUCGGGUAAGAUGGUUUUGUGUUU